UAAUACUCACGUUUUAAACUUAAUUAUGAACAACAAGACAACUUAUUCCAAAAACAUCCUUCUAGCCGGUAAAUUCCCUCCCGGAAUGUCGCCUGCCACUGGAAUACAUGCUCCGCUUCUGCCGGAAAGGAAGCAGGGGGAGAAGCGUGCAUCGGUACAAGGAGCAGUGUUCAACGUGUCAACUAGUAUAAUAGGAGCAGGAAUUAUGUCAAUACCUGCCACAAUUAAGGUGCUAGGUGUAAUACCUGCUUUAGUGUUGAUUAUGAUUAUUGCAUGGCUUGUGGAUAUUUCUGUGGAGUUCUUGUUGAGGUAUACACUCUCUGGGGAGUCAACAACAUAUGCUGGUGUCAUGAGGGAGGCUUUUGGGAGGGUAGGAUCCGCGACUGUACAAAUAUGUGUCAUGAUCACUAAUCUUGGGUGCUUGAUCGUUUAUUUGAUUAUCAUCGGGGAUGUGCUGUCAGGGAAUGUGCAUGAUGGAUCAAUGCACUUGGGCGUGUUGCAAGAAUGGUUUGGAAUUCACUGGUGGAAUUCCCGUGCUUUUGCGCUCCUCUUCGUUGUUAUCUUUGUUGUGCUUCCUCUGGUUUUGUUCAGGCGUGUAGAAUCAUUGAGGUUCAGUUCAGCUAUAUCAGUCCUCCUCGCAGUAGUGUUUGUUGGCAUAUGUUCAGUGAUGGCAAUCUAUGCACUCAUUGAAGGGAAAACCAAAAGUCCGAGAUUGCUGCCCCAUCUAGAUAACAAGACUUCCUUCUUCGACCUUUUCACUGCAGCUCCCGUGAUUGUGACAGCCUUCACAUUUCAUUUUAAUGUUCAUCCAAUAAGUUUCGAGCUCAGGAAACCUUCUGAUAUGGUUUCAGCAGUCAAGAUUUCCCUCUUGCUUUGUGCUGGCAUCUACUUCACCAUAGGCAUUUUUGGGUAUCUUUUGUUUGGGGAAUCAAUCGUGGCCGACAUACUUGUAAAUUUUGACCAGAGUUCUGAUACAGCAAUCGGUGCAUUACUCAAUGACACUGUCAGACUUAGCUAUGCCUUUCACCUCAUGCUGGCGUUUCCCCUCUUGAACUUCUCAUUGAGGGCAAACAUUGAUGAACUUCUUUUCCCUAAGAAGCCUCUUUUAGCGACAGAUUCCAUCCGAUUUGUGUCCCUCACUCUUGCAUUACUAGUUUUCGCUUACCUGGCAGCAAUUGCAAUCCCAAAUAUAUGGUACUUCUUUCAGUUCAUGGGAUCAACAUCAGCAGUGUGUCUCGCCUUCAUCUUCCCAGGUGCUAUUGUGUUAAGGGAUGUUCACAGUAUAUCAACGACACGAGAUAAGAUCGUGGCAGCAGUGAUGAUAAUUCUAGCUGUAGCAACAAGCACAAUUGCCUUGUCAACAAACAUCUAUAGUUUGGUAAGAAACAAGUAACAGUAAUAGCCGCCCCCCUUUCCGGUGUUUUUCUAGUCGAGGUGCUUGUAUUGUAUAUGUUUUCUUCAUACUCGCAGUGUGUCCUUACAAUUCAACAGCAGCUUCUCUGAAAGUUCAGGUUGUAAUUUUGUAUAUUGAACUGGCAUCAGAUUCUCUCUUGCGAAGAGUCCUAGUAGAAAUCAUUAGUAAAUACAA